UUUUAAUUCGCUCUGUCUGUGUCUCCGUCUACCGCCCGUCUGCGCCGAGGCGUUAUGCGCUUUAACGUUAUUUCGGAUGAGCGGGAUCUGUCCGUGGUGCUGAAAUCAGUUUCCAAUCCCCCCGUUGCAUUGCUGAAGUUGAUCUCGUUUUAAUGGUAUGCUGUUGAGCGAGCUGUCCGCCGCUGUUAUUGCAAAUAAAACAAAAAAAACUGCGCUGUUUUUUUUUUCUGCUGACACAUUUAUCAUCAGUUUUAUUUGUUCUAAAUAACCGCACUGACUCUGCACGGGCAUACCCGGCGGCUACAGACGCAUAAGUUAUCUGUGUCACAUCCAGAGGCGUAUUUCUUUGCGUUAUGGCAAAACAAGCAGGUGUGAGGAAGGCACGUAAGCGGGCGGUCCAAUCGCACGUAGCAAGCCGUGCGUGUUCUCGGGUGUUAAAACGCGCAUAUUUAGGGAGAUUUACUGGGUCGCUGUGUAGGCUUUUGUGUCCUUUUUGAGGAGCGCACACAGACAGAACGUGUGUUUGUGUGCACGCGCGGGUGCGCGUCUGCACACGCACUCACGCGUCUUUGGCGGAGAGAAGGGGGGAGAGAGAGAGAAAGAGGGGGACUAUCUGUAACCUACUAUUGCAGAUGCCAAACAGAAUACUUGAUUACAGAUUUAUUUACACUCAGUUAAAAUGUAAUUUCGAUCAGAUAUCCGCCACCGCCAAUAGCACUUGCUGAUUUGCCUUUGAUCAACUCAUCUCGUUUCUUUUCCUUUUCUUUUUUUUUUUUGCCCGUGGGUUGAAGAAAGGCUGCGACUGUCGCCUCGUAGACUGAUUUUCACAUUUUCUAUCGCAGGCUGGAUUUUAAGAUGAACACUGACCGCUUUUCUCGGACGAUUCGUUCAUGAGAGGCUGCGUUCUUCUUUUUCGAUUUUUUAAGAAUCAUCGUCUAACCCGCGAUCGGUUUAAUCAUAGCAGGCGAUUACAUUCCCGGUCCUCAUGUUGUUUGGACGGAGAUGGAGAGAAGGGAUCCGACAGUUUCCCCGCGAUUACCAAGUCAUCGGGAAUGUGGGAUGACACCUCAUACCGGUACCGCACUUGAGUGAGCUGGGGCAUCCUCUCCCAGGACAAAAUGCAUAUCUGGAUUCUCAAAAUAAGCCUUCUGAUUGCAUCAUCUCUGAGGCUGAUCGAGAUGUAUGACAAUUAUGGCGAGAUCUGUCGGAACCUGUGUACGUGCGAGGAGAAGGAAGGGAUCCUGACGGUGAGCUGCGAGAACCGGGGAAUCAUCAAACUAACGGAGAUCAGCCCGGUCCAUUUCUCCGUAUACCACCUCUUGCUGACAGGGAACCUCCUGAAGAAGCUGUCGGUCAAUGAUUUCAUCAAUUACACAGGAGUGACCAUCCUACACUUGGGGAACAAUGAUAUAUCCGAGAUAGAGUCAGGUGCCUUCAAUGGACUCCAGGGAUUAAAAAGGUUGCACCUGAAUAACAACAAGAUCGAGGCUAUCAGAGACGACACCUUUGCAGGACUGGAGAGUUUGGAAUAUCUUCAGAUUGAUUAUAAUUACAUCUCAAAUAUAGAGCCCAACGCCUUGAGCAAACUAUACCAACUUACAGUGAUGAUUUUGAACGACAACCUGCUCUCUGCCCUGCCGACAAAUAUCUUUCGGAAUGUUCCCCUUACACACCUGGACCUGAGGGGGAACCGGUUAAAAAUGUUCCCCUACAUCGGCCUCUUGGAACACAUGGACAAAGUUGUGGAAUUACAACUGGAGGAGAACCCGUGGAAUUGCUCCUGCGAGCUGAUCGCUCUGAAGGCUUGGCUGGAGAGUAUAGCAUACACGGCUCUGGUGGGGGAAGUGGUCUGCGCGACUCCGUUCAGGCUCCACGGUAGGGACCUGGACGAGGUGUCCAAGCAGGAGCUCUGCCCGAGAAGACCCUCGGAAGACACUGUAAGGCCUGCACCCCCUAGCAGCACCAAUGGAUAUUAUCAUACCACACCUUCUGCCGUCACCGCCUCCGCCACCUCAUCGGCUGUUUUUAGGUCCUCCUCUAGGCCGACCAAGGGCACCCGGCAGUUCAACAGAACUAGGUUAAAGCCCACUUCCCGAAUACCAGGGGGUAACCCUUACAAUUAUGGCCCCAUCAUUGCUUUUCAGACCAAAUCUCCUGUGCCUUUGGACUGUCCCACUGCCUGCACGUGCAACCUGCAGAUAUCGGAGAUCGGGCUGAAUGUCAACUGCCAAGAGAGAAAGAUUGAAAGCAUUUCUGAUCUGAAACCCAAGCCAUACAAUCCUAAAAAAAUGUAUCUCACUGGAAAUUACAUCCCUGUGGUGCGGAGAUCAGAUUUUGUGGAUGCCGUUGGAUUGGAUUUGCUUCACCUGGGAAACAACAGGAUAAGUCUGAUCCACGACAGGGCUUUCGGGGAUUUAACCAACCUGCGUAGGCUGUAUUUGAAUGGUAAUCUCAUGGACAGGCUUACAGGAGAAAUGUUUUUUGGUCUGCAGAACUUGCAGUACCUCUAUUUAGAGUACAACAAAAUCAAGGAGGUCGAUGCGGGAACUUUCCGUUACCUCGCUAAUCUCCAGCUGCUCUUCCUCAACAACAACCUCCUGAAAACCUUACCCGUGGGCAUCUUUUCCAGCCUCUCCCUGUCUAGACUUAAUCUCCGCAACAACCAUUUCCAAAACCUGCCCGUGAGUGGUGUUUUAGAUCAGCUGAAGAUGCUGGUGCAGAUGGAUCUGUUUGAAAACCCCUGGGACUGCUCCUGCGACAUAGUGGGAAUGAAGAUAUGGCUCGAGCAGCUCAGCGCAGGCACCGUGGUCAACGAGGUUGUGUGCGAAAUGCCGCGGCGCCACGCAGGAAUGGAUCUGCGCUCCAUCCAAUCGGAGCAGCUCUGCCCAGAUUACUCUGACGCUAAAGUCUCUCCGACGCCCCCUACGGACGAGCCCAUGGACGACAGGGCCGUCACCACGGGGGCACCUCAGAAGUUCAACACCCCCAGCAGCACCGUCCCUCUCUCUGUCCUCAUCCUCAGCCUCCUGCUCGUCUUCAUCAUGUCUGUCUUUGUGGCCGCGGGGCUGUUUGUGGUCGUGAUGAAAAAACGCAAAAAGUCCCAGAGCGAUCGUACUAGCACCAACAACUCCGACGUCAGCUCGUUCAACUUGCAGUACAGCCUCUAUAGCAACCGCUCCGGCCCCAAAGUCAAAGCCCCAGCCGGACACGUCUACGAGUAUAUCCCCCACCCCAUGGGCCACAUGUGCAAAAACCCUAUUUACAGAUCACGAGAAGGCAACACAGUGGAGGAUUACCGUGACCUCCACGAGCUCAAGGUCACGUACAGCAGUACCCCGGAGGAUGAGAGGGAUAGCAGUACGAUGCGGAGCCCUGCGUACAGCGUUAGCACCAUCGAGCCACGUGAGAACCCCUCCCCUAUCCCGGACGCAGACCAUUUCUUCAGAGGCAUGCUGGAUCACGAUAAGCAGCACCCCCAUCCACCCAUCCCGGCCGGCGCCAAUUUAGAGUACAAGUACACAGGGCCUGUGUCGUACACGUACAACCCCAAUUUUGAUGUCAGACGUCAGUUCUUGCACCCGGAGAGGAUAAGAGAAACAGUGCUCUAUGGCACAGCACCCAGUACUGUUUAUGUCGAGCCCAACAGAAAUGAGUAUUUGGAGCUAAAAGCUAAACUGCAGUCUGAGCCCGAUUACCUCGAAGUUCUUGAGAAACAGACCACCUUCAGCCAGUUCUGAGCAACAGAAUCAUUGAUGUUGAUGACGCAAUUUCUCUCUUGACCCUCCUUGGAAAAGUGGCUGAGCUUAUUGGGUGCCUUGGCACGACACACACACGCAAAAAGGAGUUGAAACGGGGUGUGCCGAACAAUCUUAUUCUUAUUUCUGAAACAUGACAUUACAGGAAUGGAUACAACUUUCUGAAACACUGAUGAACAAAAUUGCUCUAGUUAACUGAUAAUGCAAAUCUAUUUUUCUAUGGUGAAGAUCGAAUACACACAAAAUUUAAGUGUACAGGUAAAUCUUACCCAGCCUCAUUUUCCGGAUUAUAACCAUACAUAAGGCAUAUUGUGAAUCAGUAAAGAAAUGUUUAUAAAACCACACUCCUGGACAAAAACACUGUACAGAAGAUCAUCAAAACUGUGUAGGACUAUUUUCUGCUGUAGUCUGUAAGUAAGUAUUUAUUGAUAUAAUCUGCCAUGUCUUUUCAAAACCUUUGAUUCUACAUCAAUAUUACCUGUGUCAUCAUACUCCAUGAUCCUCUGAAAAAAGGCUUAUGUUUGUAGUUUCAUUUACUGUAGCUCUGCAUUGUAAAAGUGGCUUUUUUUGAAAGUGGCACACCCCUAAUGUUCAAAAAAGACAUUUGAAGAAGAUGUAAAAAAAAAGUGUCUUUGUAUGCUUUCUGCACUUUUUGGAAUUAGAAGGCGGGUUAGCCUUCAAUGAGCUCUUAUAAAAAGGAGAUUAUUAUAUUAAAAAUGAAUAUGGGUAUUCAUUCUUAAUAUGUAGAACAAAAAACAAAAUUACAUAAAUAUUUGAAGUAUUAUAAUUCUGUUGUGUAAUACUGAUAUUUUAUUCAAUGUAACACCUAUUUUUAUACAAGCGUUUGCAGAUUCUCUAUCCCUUAUCGACUUUAUUUGUUUUGAUUGCUUUGCACUUACUGCAUUAUAUUGACCAAACUAUGUUAUUGUCAUCAAAUAAACAUGGUGUCAGGUUGAUAUAAUGUCCUUAUGAGUUGAUGAUAAUAUAGAGGCCCUUUAGGUUUGGUCAAAUUUAUUUUCGCAUUCAGAAAUGAUCAAUUUGUUGUGUGAAAUAUGGGAUUGGAGAGCUUGAAAAGGGGGCCACGGGGCUAAUCGUUGUUAAAUCUCUAAAUCAUAUGGCAAUACAUUGGCCAUCAAGAAUUGGUCCUGUUUAGCACUCGAUCAAAGCAGAUAAAGACAGUGUGCAUGCCUCAAUCAGAGGGUUAGCUGUGUCUCUGUCAAGAUUACAAGCAAUGAGUCUCAAUCAAUGAGAAUCAUCUGAGGUCUUCUUCUUGCAAUCAUACCAUGACAACAGCGACAAUUAGUGUUGAAACAAAAUGCAAAGUUAGCAAUCUUGACAGGUUCAAUGGUUAAAAAAUGUGCACGCUCAUUAAGACGUACAGCUGCUAAAUUUAGGAUUUAGUGAUCAGACCUUUCUUAUCAACUUUUUGGUUUACUUUUAAGAUUGAAUACUUUUAGAAUCAUUUCUUACUUUGGAAAAAAUAUUAAGAUACUAUUUUGGAGUAUGCUGCAUCUUUUUAUGCGCUUGAUUUUGCUAGCAUCUAACCGAAAUCACGUUUAGUUUUUUUUUUUUGUUGUCAAGAUGGUUUUUCAUUUAAAUGUGUGUUUGAAUGUCUAUAGUUCUUAUAUUAAAAGGAUGAAAAAAGGUCUUUGGAGAAAUUAUAGAAAUGCUCUUUUUGCUUGUGAGCUGACCUGAGGGUGUGUCCCUUGCUGUGUUUGAUUGACAGCAGUAUUGAACCUCAGGACACCAGUCACAACGUGUCAUUUCCUGGUACGUUUACAUGCUGUUUAAUGCACUGCAGCUGAGAAGCCGAUUGGCCAUGUCCCCAACCGGAUGCUUGUUUGUUUGCUUGUUCAACAAUCCGCAGGUGCAGGACAGGACUUGCGUUUCAUAAGAAGGAGACUUUGACGGGAAUUCUAAUGUGUGAGAUUGACAGCUACUGUGUUGUGUUGCAGGCUGAACUGUGACCGUCUGCUCUGCGAGAUAUGAUUGGUUGCGUCAAAAUAAGCUCAUCUACGCAGACAAAAAGGGGGUCGCCAUUACGACACCAGCAACUGAAAUGAGAAUGAGAAUUUUUGAGAAUCGUUUUUUGUCUGCUACAGUACAAGAGGAAAUCUAUAAAAAUAUAUGGAUUUAUGGUUAUCUCCCUAUGCAGGAGAAGACAAAAAUUGAAGCCUUCUCAUUUCAGUAAGACUUUAUAUUGCUCUUCCCUUGACCCACUUAAAUCUGAUAUUUAAAGUAGGUGUAUAAAAAUGCAAAGGAUGCACUGUGUCACCAUUUUUAGUCUGCGGCGAGCCAAACCCUUUAGAAAUUCAAUGUUUCCUAACUGAGAUGGGCAGGCGUCUCUCUGGAGAGGCCGUGUCAGUGUCAGUCUCUCCCUUGUUUUCUCAUUUUGAAGGAUUCCUCUUGAUUACUGUGGAUUUAUAUCAACAUCAGCUAAAAUAAGGGUCUCUUUUUCUCUCAUCUUUUACUUAAUCAGCAUUACGUCAACUACCUUUUUUUUUUCAAAUGGAAAAUGAAACCAGUCUAUUCAAGGUCCUUCUUUCAUUGGAUCUUUUCAUAGUGGCCCAGAAUGGGAACAGAAGGCACCAUUUGGGAGAAGAGGAGUUCUGGAACCGAGUGUAACUGUGGAUGUCUCAUACAUGUAGCAGGGGAUGUGAAUCAUAGCCAAGAAGUGUGUGCAGUGGGCCAGCAAUGGUGGCCUAUUGGAUGGCACCGUGUUGACAUGGAUUUUGUAUUUAUUCUUCCUGAUGCCAAUAUGGGAAUUGAUCAAAUGUGCAAAAUAAAUGUAAACUUUUUAAAAUUU